AUGACCUCACCGAACCGAUUCUUGAGCCUCGCCAUCAGCCUGAGCAUUUGCGCGUCACAGAGUGCUGUGGGAGAGGUCCUGACUCACCAGCCGAGCUGCGAGGACGUAGAGAACCUGGAAGGCUUGCGUGGUGAGGCUUCUUUUUUGCAGCAUGGGCUCGAAGUCCAGCAGGUCCUCCAUGCUGAGGGCGCAAAGGCUGUGCCAAAGGCCUUGCUGCAGGUGGCUUUGCCGAUUUCGGCUGUAAAGCAGAACGGGACCUUGUUCAAGUCCAACAUGUCCAACAUAACGGCCGUCACGCAGCACCCGCAGCAGGAGCAACGGAAGGAGUUGCCAGUGUUGCUCAACCAGUUGGUGGCAGCAUCUCUCGCGAAAGAGAACGCUGGAAAUUCGAUCAUUUCAACAGUGGUUAACAUAGUAGUUUUGGUGCUGCUGGUGCUUUUGAUCGUUUUGCUCUGCCGCCAUGAUGGAAAUAUACAAGAGGCCUACCAAGAGGUGAAGGAAGACCCGCAGAUGUUAUACAAGCAGUUCGAGCAGGACGUAGCGCCACGUGCAAGGUGCACACAGGCAUGCUGCUGA